AUGGAAUGUCCUAUCCGCAAAUAUCCUCUCCGACGCCCAGACGGCCAUAAACCUCCCAUCCCUCGCUGGUGGGCAUGUUUUCCAGAGACCAUAGACCAGGUAUUCACGGCCUAUAUUGGGGUUCAGCAGCACACCGGUGACCAACACAACAACGCUGCAUUCGAGAAAUGUCUCGCGUCUAUCGAACACUGGAUCUCUGAACCCACUCAUGCGCCUGCAUCGGUGGAACGCUUCCGGGUCAUUGACGGACACGAUGUCCCGCGAUCUCUCGUGCUCGUGUGCUACUGGGCCGACAGAGCGAAGUACGAUGAGGCGGUUCAGCGGCUGGAUCUGUCGGGGAUAUAUCGAGCGCUGGAUAGGGUAGAUCUACCGGACCAGCAGCCACAGCAACAGCAACGGCAACGGCAACGGCAGAUCGGUCUCUGGUGCGAGCGAUUCACGAGUCACGUCUCGCGUCUGGAGACUAAUUACACCGGAACAGAUUAUCUGCCGGGGCUGGCGAGGUUGCCGGAUAUGGGGACGCAGGGGCAUUCGUAUACGGGAUACUGGGGGGCGGCGAGGGAUCGGAUUCCUGAUUCUGCGGUUGAUGAGUUUGGACCGGAUCUGCUUCAUCAAUAUCAAGAUCAACAUCAGCAUCAGCAUCAGCAUCAAGAUGAAGAUCAUUAUCAAGAUGAGAGUCAGGAUCAGGACCAUGAUACCCAACCCGCACCGCCUCCCCCGUCCUCACUAGGCAAACGUCUCAUCGGCACCAACACAACCCAUAACCUAGCACAUAUCCGGUCCGGCCAAUUCUGGAAACACUGUCCCGACGACGAGCGACGAUCCUACGAGGAGAACCUCGAACCGACCCUUCGAAACGGUCUUGCGUAUCUAUGGCAGAACCCCGUCGAGACGGGGUCGAUGGCGUUACGAUAUCUUCUGAAUGUUCCUCCUCCGUCAUCUCCUCCUUCUCCUUCUUCUCCUAUAUCCCCGAGACCUAGCCAUGAAUCCUCUCCAUCCCCAUCCCCUCCAUCUCAAAGACCUCUACGCGAGAGCGAAAGCGAAAGCGACGAAUCCUGCGUGACCGGUUUCUUCCGCAACCUCUCCGACCUCGAGACCUGGGCGAAGCGCCACCCCUCGCAUCUAGCCAUCUACACGGGGGCCAUCCGGCAUGCGAAGACAUUCGGCGCGACGCGGCAGUUCCGCACGUGGCAUGAAGUGUCGGUGCUAGGGCGCGGGGAGGCGCAGUUUGAGUAUGUGAAUUGUGUGGAGGGGACGGGGAUGAUUAUGCGUGCUGGUGGUGGGGAGUGUGUUUUGCUUGUUGAGGAGGAUCUUUGA